AUGAAAAAAAUAUUUUUAAUUAUCUCCGAUGAUUUCGUUCAACAAACUGUCAUGUCUGUUAGUGAAGCAUCACAAAUCAAUUCAGUAUACAUUAUUAGUAACGAUACAACACAAGACCUGAACUGGAAAGAACAAUGUGGAAAAAUCAAAGGAACUUCCGAUACAGUUGAAAAUAUAGUUCAUAUACUUAAACAUGAUAUUUAUUUAGCAGAAGGAGAUUUAUCACCAUUGACAACGAUUUCUUCCACAUCAAUAACCGAUCUGAAUGAAUUAGACUAA